AUGUAAUCCGAAAAUGCUCAGUUUUGCUAAGAAAUGAGACAACAAUUAUAUGAAAUUAAGAAUAGAAUAAAUAAAUUGUUACCUCAAAGAAGUAUCAGCCCAAUAAAUAGCCAAUCUUCAUCCACGAUGUCAGAUAAAUCACAAUAAUCGAUCACAUCAAGUUAGUUCAUCAAACUCUAACAAGAAGAUGAUAUACAAAAGAAUAUGGCAAAGAUUAACGACAUGAUCAUGGAGAGAAGACAAAAAACAGAAUAACUGCUAAAAUAUGAAUAUUGA